AUGAAGAAUAGCCGGCAAAUAUCUUUCACAUGGACAAAAUUAGUUCUGUCAGCCCUUGUACCACUGAUGAUCGGUAUUUUUACUGUUGUGUCAACCAUUCAACAACAACGCAUUCCCAAUGAACAUCGACGACAGGAUCACCAAAUUGCAGCAACACAACGAAAACAAGAUCAAGAUUUGGCUAACCUUACACGAAUCAAGGAUCAACAAAUAGCUAAUCUAACACGUGAACAAGAUAAACAACAUACAACCGAAUUAAGAAGACAAGAUCAACGUCAAGCGAAGGAUUUUUAUUCUAAUGAUGUUUUUAAAACGUACAUCGAGGAUAUAUUAAAUUCAUUGUUUAAAGCGAACCACGAAUCGAAAUUUGUUGACGAUGCAACACGACCGUCAUAUAUUCGUGCAAAGACUCUGACAGCACUGAGAGAAUUAGAUCCUGACCGAAGAAAACAUGUAUUGCUAUUUCUUUACGAAACUAAACUUAUUAACAUGCAGCUAGCAACUGAAAACGGAUCGUUUAUGUUGCUAAAGAUAACCGGGCUUGAACCGCUAAAGUCAACACCUGUAAAAUCUGCACCAUCAGGAAUUGCUGCAUGGAAGAAAACACCGUCCAGUUUAGCUUUAGUAAAAUUUACAUUUGAAAGUAAUGCUCUUUUGAAAUACGCUCUAAUCAAUACGGUACGUUGAAAUUUAGCAUGGCCUAAUAAUGCAUCCUGAAAAGAUAUCGAGUACGUACUAGGUUCGAAACCUAGUACGUUUCGGGUGUGAUAUUCUGUAGUGUUUAACGCGGUGAUUAUCAUUGAAAAGUGGGAAAUGCUAGAAGACGCGUGAGAACGAAUACUCCAAAAUUCAUCUUGAGUGAGCAUCUUGGAAGCAGGGAUGUCCCAGGUUAUCAAGAUCGGGAGGGGUCAACUUCUCAGAGGACAGGAUGGACACUCAAAGGGUAGGGUCGACCACUCCUGCUGAGGUUGGUGAGAAAAAAACGAAAAACUUCGUUCAGUUUUGAUAGGAAAAAACGAAAAUUUUCCAACACUGGAUGUCACCCUCGACCCAC